CUGCAGCGGUUGCGGCUCGGCGCCUCCCCCGCCGCGCCCCGCCGGCUCCCGCCGCUCGGGCUCCCCGCACCGCUGCCUCCGCCGCUGCCGCCGGUGCCGGUGCCGGUGCGGCGGCGCGGGGCGCGGGGGGCGGGCCGGGGGCGGGCGGGGGGCCGCGGCGCGGCCGUCGGGCCCGGCGCGCCGGCUCGGGGGCCGGGGAGGACCAUGCACCGCGCUGCCUCCAACCAGCGCUCGGUCUCCUCCUCCUCGGGCUCCUUCCAGCCGCCGCCGCCGCCGCCGCUGCCGCACGCCGCCGACCGGCAGCCCCUCUUCCCGGGGGGCUCCAGCAGCGGCGGCAGCCGGCCGGGCUCGGGGUCGAGCUCGGGCUCGGCGCGGGCCCGCCGCCCCUGCAGCCCCCGCAGCAGCACCGAGGAGGAGGAGGAGGAAGAGGAAGAGGAGGAGGAGGACAGCAUCAGCAUCAGCAAGCCCCUGGUGCCGCCGCCCGCCGCCCCGCUGUCCGCCGCCGCCUCGCCGCUCCCCAGCAGCAGCAGCGGCAGCAGCAGCAGCAGCGGCGGCGGCGGCGGGAGCCCGGGCCGCAGCAUGACGGCGGCGGAGCUGUACGGGGCGGCGGCGGCGGGCGGCGGGGCGGCGGGCGGCGGGGCGGCGGCGGGGGCGCUGCUGGGGCCCGGCGGGGCGGCGGGCGGGCGGCGCUGGGGCUUCCAGGCGCUGUCCCUGGUGCUGCUGCUGGGGCAGGGCGCGCUGCUGGACCUCUACCUGAUCGCCGUCACCGACCUGUACUGGUGCAGCUGGAUCGCCACCGACCUGGUGCUGGCGGCCGGCUGGGGCAUCUUCUUCUGCCGCAACAGCCGGGCGCGCCGCCGGGAGCGCCCCCCCCCCGCCCCCCGGGCCGCCGCCGCCGCACCCGCUGCUGCUCACGGCCCCCCCGGCGGCCGCGGGGCCGGGGGCCGCGGGGCCGGGGCCCCCUCCCGCGGCGGCGACUUCGCCUACGCGCACCUCGCCUGGCUCAUCUACUCCAUCGCCUUCACGCCCAAGGCGGCGCUGAUCCUGGGCACCUCCAUCCUGGAGCUGAUCGAGCUGCGCCUGCCGCUGGGCACCACCGGCUUCCGCAUCACCCUGGCGCUCUCCGCCCCGCUGCUGUACUGCCUGCUGCGGGCCAUCGGCACCGAGGGCGCCGGGCAGCUGCUCCUGCCGCCGCAGCCGCCGCCGCAGCACCGCGCCGCCGCCGCCUUCCUCGCCACCUGCCUCGACCUGCUCGACAGCUUCUCCCUGCUGGAGCUGGUGCUGCAGCCCGGGCGGCCGGCGCCGCUGCCCGCUCCGCUGCGCUACCUCCUCAUCGCCGUCUACUUCCUCUGCCUGGCCUCGCCCGUGCUGUGGCUCUACGAGCUCAGCGCCGCCCGCCCGCCCGGCGCCGCCCGCCUCGCCCUGCACCUGCUGCUGCCCGCCGGGCUGCUGGACGCCCCGCUCCUGGCGCUCCGCUGCCUCCUGCUCCUGCGCUACCAGCAGCCGCUCUCGCUCUUCAUGCUGAAGAACCUCUUCUUCCUGGCCUGCCGCGGCCUGGAGGCGCUGGAGACCUGCUGCCUCCUUCGGCCCGCCGCCGCCCCGCCGCCCGCCAAGUACGGCCCCGCCGUCGCCGCCGCCCCCGCCGCCGCCCCGCUGGCCCACGGGCUCUCCGACGCCGACGUGGGCCCCCACGGGUACGUGAACGCCUUGGCGGUCACCGCCCAGGGCUGAGUCCCCCCGGCCGCCGCCCCCGGGGGGCUCCUGCCGCCUCUGGGUCCGCUCCCGGCAGAGUCUCUCUGCGUUUCUGCUCAGGUUCCCGCCGUCGCGGCCGAGCAGGGGAAGGGGCUGCGGGCUCCCGCCGGACCCUCGCUCUCCUCCUCCCUCUCCCGCCGAGAAAUCCAGCAGUAGAAGCCCAGCGCCAACCUGGCUUCUCGCAGGAGCCUACGGCCGACGCUUGUCCCCGGAAAACGCACCUGCCCUUCGCGAUGAGUCGGCUUCUCACACUUCUGCCUCUCCGCGCUGUGCGGAGGGUCCCACGCUCCCGCUCCUGCUCCCCGCCAGGACAUCGUGUUGUUUUGUCACCCUACAGGUUUAGUUUUUCCUUUUCCUCCUAAACAACAGGGACCAGUGGAUUUUGUCCCCUCCUUUAAGAACUCCUGUUGACCACGACAAGGACGAGAUGUGAGAGGGGCCUGAGCAGCAGAGACGUGCCUUCGGGCUGUGCUCAGGACAACGGGAAGCACGCUUUGGUUUCCUAGCUCUUGCAAGGCUGCCGCCCCCCUUUCCCAGCAGCAGAGCCGCCGAGGGCCUUGGCGGGGGAACCUCUGGGAGCAUGCCACCCGUCGGGUCAUUUCAAGCCUAGGAGCCACUUUCUCCAAGCCGAAAAUGUCUACCUCUGUGCUUCAACCUUUUGCUUCUUAUGUUGACUUCAGACACUAAAGAAACACGUGAAUCUGGCAUGGACACAAUCCAGGGGCUUAGACCCCAUUUCACUACCGCCGAGACAAUUUCUUUCUGGUGAGAACAGGGUUUACAGCAGCCUACUGCUUGCUUCAGACAGCAGCACCCCGGUGCUGGGGCUCUCAUUUCUCUGUGAAUAUGCAUGUUUAUGGGAUCAGCAUUGGUUUUCUUUUAUGCAGCGUGUAGGGUCUCCCUUUACAUAGGCCGGGAAGGCUGGAAAGAUUUUCUCAGGCCCCCUUCUGUGUCCGCUUGAGGGAGCAGAGGGGGCUAAGCCUGCCAACCGCCCCCUCUCAAAAAAGCAGAGGAUGUCAGUGCUGCUCGGGGUGGCCCCUGUGCUCGGCGAAACCCAUGUUUCGGUGCAGAAAGCAAAGUGCUGCAGGAGCCUUCGAGGCAGAGGGGCUCCCGAGCUUUGGUGAAAGCCCUUAUACCAGCAUCCUGUCCUCCCUGUGCAUGUGGUUACGGGUAGGUGGGGUUAAAGUUAAUUGUUAGUGACCUCUCAUGAAAACACAGUUAUCUUUGGUUUUAAACUCCAUGAAUGUUUGGUGGGGGUUAAGGCCUGCUCUUCUGCCUGGCUAUGGCUGCUCCCUGAACCAGCCAAAUGGGAGCAGGAGCACAGAGGCCACGUCUGGAGGAAGGACUUUGCCCCUCCCAGGCUUAUAUUUUGUUGUCUGGGCAAGGCCGCAUUCAUUGGGAAAAAUGCCAGUUUCCUGUCCCAAGCUUUUUUCCAAGCUGUCCCGACGGGAAGGGGAAAUAAAGCACAACCGCUACCCAGAGCCAACUGCAGGCACAGCCCAGACUUCUCCUGCACACACGUCUCCAUUCUCUCCUUCAGGGCUCGGGCUUCAGUGGGACCGAGCCUCUGUCCCACCUCCCUUUUCACAGAGUGAGAUCAACUGCCUGCUCCAGUGGACUGCUCCAACAAAAUGUUUACAGUCUGGUAACUUCCAGCUCCCACCGGUAGAAGUGGGGGUGCCAUGGGGCUCUUCUCCCCCAGCUCUUGAGUGGCUGAUGAGUUACAAGGGGCUAGAAACCCCACCCCAGAAAAGAUGGGGCAAUAGCGCUGCUCUGUUCAGAGCUGCAGCCAGGAUGGGUGACUUGCUGCUCUCCCCAUGCCAAAUGGAGAGUCGGCAAAGGCUAGGCUUAACUUUCCCACCAGUGCUUUAUUUUUAAUCUGAGCCCUUACAUGGGCAACUGUGUGAAUUUUGGCCAGUGGCCUUUCUCUUCAGUAAGUUCUUUUUGUCUGGACAAUCUUGGUGCUGUGAGUGACUGUGAUUGUAAAACUUGGUACUGUGAACUUUUCCUAUGUGAUGUGAGAUGUGUUGAGGGGAUGCCAAGUUCCUGGCCAAAAGAGGUGUAAUUACAGGUAUGCUACGCUUGUGCAGAUAGUUGUUUCCUUGCACCUUCCUUUUUCAGCACCGAACUGAUAGUAAAAGCUCUACUCUUUCUAAUUAUUCAAGAGAGAAUGAGAUAGUACCUGUACAUAAGAGUACUCCAUGCUUCAGUCAAACAGCUGAAG